GGGGGAGGGGAGGGAGGCGGUGGGGCGCCCACGCUGUGCGGGACGCUGUGCCGAGCGGCCUGGAGGCAGCGGGGCGGGCGGGGGCGGGGCCGGGCUCGCCGCCAGCGCCCCGCUUUUGUCCCUUCCCCAGGAUGGAGCGAGGGGCGGAGGCGUGGGACGCGCAUCUCCACGGCCAGGACGACGGGACCGGCCUGCUCGGGGCCCAGCCAGGAGCGGGCAGCGAGAUGGCCGGCGACGCCUCGCCCCGGCCGGCCGGGCCCGGAUUCGAGGACCCGCGCCCGUCGCCCGUCGCCGCCUACCGCGAGGCCCGAGAGGCGGGGAGGGACGAGGCCGGCCUCGCCCUCAAGUCGGAGCCCCCGGGCGCCUGGGGAGACGUGUGGGGGCCGGCGGGGCCCGGGAAGGCGCGGGCCCGGGAGAGGGGGAGCCGGCCCCCGGCGGGCGGGGAGAGGGCCCCCGUGUGCGGCGAGUGCGGCAAGAGCUUCCGGCAGAUGUCGGACCUGGUGAAGCACCAGCGCACCCACACCGGCGAGAAGCCCUACGAGUGCGGGGUGUGCGGCAAGGGCUUCGCCGACAGCUCGGCCCGCAUCAAGCACCAGCGCACCCACGGCGGGGAGAAGCCCUACCGGCCCCGGCCGCGGGCCCCGGGCCCGCCCCGGGCCCCCCGGCCCCGCGUCCCCGCCGGCGAGCGGCCCACCAUCUGCGGCGAGUGCGGCAAGAGCUUCCGCCAGAGCUCGGACCUGGUGAAGCACCAGCGCACCCACACCGGCGAGAAGCCCUACGAGUGCGGCGUGUGCGGCAAGGGCUUCGCCGACAGCUCGGCCCGCAUCAAGCACCAGCGGACGCACCGGGGCGAGCGGGCCCCCCGCGCGGCGGCCCGGCGGGCGGCGCGGGCGGCCCCCCCGCCCGGCGCGGCCCCCCGGGACAAGCCCCACACCUGCUCCGAGUGCGGGAAGCGCUUCGUGCUGAGCUGCAGCCUCCUCAGCCACCAGCGCAGCCACCUGGGGCCCAAGCCCUUCGGCUGCGACGUCUGCGGGAAGGAGUUCGCCCGCGGCUCGGACCUGGUCAAGCACCUGCGGACGCACACGGGGGAGAAGCCCUACCUCUGCCCCGAGUGCGGCAAGGGCUUCGCCGACAGCUCGGCCCGCGUCAAGCACCUGCGCACCCACAGCGGGGAGCGGCCCCACCGCUGCCCCGAGUGCGGCCGGACCUUCGGCCUGGGCUCCACCCUGCUCCGCCACCGCCUCACCCACCUGGAGCCCCAGGCCUUCGGCCUCCCGGCGGCCUUCCCCCCGCCGCCGGCCCCGCCGCCGGCCCCGCGGGGCUCCGGCCCCCCGCCCCUCGCCCCCCGCGGCCCCCCGGCCCUCGGGGAGGGCCCCUUCGGCCUCCCCGGCCCGGGCCCCGAGCCCGAGGGCCUCCGGGCCGGGGACCCCCCGCCGCCCCCGCCGCCGGGGGACAAGCCCCACAAGUGCCCCGAGUGCGGGAAGGCCUUCCGCCGCGGCUCGGAUCUGGUGAAGCACCACCGCACCCACACCGGCGAGAAGCCCUACCUCUGCCCCGAGUGCGGCAAGGGCUUCGCCGACAGCUCGGCCCGCGUCAAGCACCUGCGGACCCACCGGGGCGAGCGGGCCCGCCAGCCCCCUCCCCCGGCCCUCCUGCGGCCCCCCAACCCCCCCGGCCCCGCCGGCCCGGCCCCCCGGCCCCGCCGCCGGCCCCCCGCCCCCGGCCGGCCCCACCCCUGCGGCUUCUGCGGGAAGGAGUUCCCCCGCAGCUCGGACCUGGUGAAGCACCGGCGCACCCACACCGGCGAGAAGCCCUACAAGUGCGCCGAGUGCGGCAAGGGCUUCGCCGACAGCUCGGCCCGCAUCAAGCACCAGCGCGGGCACCUGGCCCUGCGCCCCUUCGGCGGGGCCCCCCCGCCCGCCCGCCCGCCUCAGCCCCCCGCCAAGGAGGAGCCCGGGGCCGCCCUGCAGUGGGCCACCUCUCCCGGCUCCCUCCGGCCGGGCUCUCGUGAGAUCGCUCUUUUCUCCGAAGAGAUACCCGGCAGCUCGCGUGCCGUCGGGGGACGGGCCGCGGUCCACGGUGGCGGAGGUCUCUGGCAGGAUUCCGGCUACCGGACGCAGCUAGGGCCGGCCGUGUCCCUCACUGAGUCUGGCGGGACUGGAAAGGGGCCUUUGACGCCUUCCACCUGGGAAUCCGGGGGGAAGCGGAUUUCUCUGUCCGCCUUCCUGUUUUGCGUGAAGUUCUCCCUCGUGACGCCGGCCCUCCGACCGCUCUCUCAACCGUCUUGGGUGAAGCUUCGGAGAAUAGCUUCCUCGGGCGUCCGUUCCGGGCCCCGCCCCCUCGGCGUCCCCUUCCCCCGCUGCCUCCGCCGUCCCCGUCUCCUGCGCGCCGACCCCGCCGCGGCCUGGACGUGCGCUCGACGCCGGGGCCCCGGGGAGCCCCCGCGGCCUCAUCCGGGGCCUGGGCCCGCCGCACCCACCCCCCGACGGCAGGCGCGGCCCGCAGGUCCAGCCAUGCCGGGGGAGCAGCAGCAGGAGGAGGAGGAGGAGGAGGGAGCGAUGCAGGAAGAGAUGGUGCUGCUGGUAAAGGGGGAGGAAGAGGAGGGCGAGGAGCAGUAUGAGGUGGUGAAGCUGAAGAUUCCUCUGGAUGGCAAGGAGGUCCCGAGCGCGGCCCCCGAGGCCCCAGCCGACCCGGCCCGGCCCCACGCCUGCCCCGAGUGCGGCCGCGCCUUCGCCCGCCGCUCCACGCUGGCCAAGCACGCCCGGACCCACACCGGCGAGCGGCCCUUCUCCUGCCCCGAGUGCGGGCGCCGCUUCUCCCAGAAGUCGGCCCUGACCAAGCACGGCCGCACCCACACCGGGGAGCGGCCCUACGCCUGCCCCGAGUGCGAGAAGCGCUUCUCGGCGGCCUCGAACCUGCGGCAGCACCGCCGGCGCCACACGGGGGAGAAGCCGUACGCCUGCCCCGAGUGCGGGAGGCGCUUCGCCCAGAGCUCCAACUACGCCCAGCACCUGCGGGUCCACACCGGCGAGAAGCCGUACACCUGCCCGGACUGCGGGCGCGGCUUCGGCGGCAGCUCCUGCCUGGCCCGGCACCGGCGCACGCACACCGGCGAGCGGCCCUACGUCUGCCCCGACUGCGGGACGCGCUUCGCCCAGAGCUCGGCCCUGUCCAAGCACCGGCGGGUGCACACGGGCGAGAAGCCCCACCGCUGCCACGUCUGCGGGCGCGGCUUCGGGCACCGCUCCAACCUGGCCGAGCACGUGCGCACCCACACCGGGGAGCGGCCCUACCCCUGCCCCGAGUGCGGCCGCCGCUUCCGCCUCAGCUCCCACUUCAUCCGCCACCGCCGGGCCCACCUCCGCCGCCGCCUCUACAUCUGCGAGGGCUGCGGCCGGGGCUUCAAGCUCACCCCCGGCCUGGCCGCCGCCGGGGCCCCCGAGAGGACCGACCGCUGUCCGGAGUGUGAGGAGAGCUGAGGGCGGAGGGGCGGGGCCCGCCGCCGAGGCGGGACCCCGGAGUCCCCGGGCCCUCCUCCGCCGACCCGCCUCGGACGCGGGGACUCCGCCCCGGAAGCGGGCGGGCGACCGAGGGCGGGCGGAGAGCGGCGGGGCCCCCGGGCCAACGGGCCGGGGGAGUCGGGCGGGUUGCCCGUCCCCCGAGUCGACACCCUCCCCUUUCCCCGUCGCUAUUUCAGUUCUCUUCCCUAGGUAAGUUUCCCUCGCGCUUCCCCCUCUCGGGACCCACCCACCCACCGCCCCGGCUAGCCGCGGGGGCGGGGAGAAGAAAUAGCCCGAGGUUGCCCCCCUCAGCGAGGGCAUCAGCUCCGCCCUCGGAGUAGAGAGAGGCCCGUGGUCCGCGUCCCCCACGGCAGAGAACGCCCCCUCUCCUCUGCUGUUAAAUAAACGAGUCUCACCGUC